UGUGAUUUUCUUUUUUAUCAACAAGAGGACCACCGUGGCCUUACGGGUAACCGAGUCUGCCGGCUGAACGACAAAAGGCUUCGCAACCAUGGCGGACGAACAAGAAAUAAUGUGCAAAUUGGAGAGUAUUUUGGAAAUACGGAAUAAGACUAUCCAGAUGCAGAAGAUCAAGUCUCGUUUGAAGGUUGAAUUUGAGGCUCUGGAGUCUGAGGAGAAGCAUCUAAAAGAGUAUAAACAAGAGAUGGAUCUGCUUCUCCAAGAGAAAAUGGCACAUGUAGAGGAGCUGCGGCUUAUCCAUGCAGAUAUCAAUGUGAUGGAGAGCACCAUCAAGCAAUCGGAGAACGACCUUAAUAAGCUACUAGAAACAACUCGUCGCCUGCAUGAUGAGUACAAGCCUUUGAAGGAGCAUGUUGAUGCCCUCAGGAUGACUUUAGGUCUUCACAGACUUCCUAACCUGAACGAAGAGGAAGAGAAGCUGUCCCUGGACUACUUUGAGAAGCAAAAAGCAGAGUGGCAGAAAGAACCGCAUGAGCCCGCUAUCCCAGAAUCCCUCGCUGCUGCCGCCGCUGCAGCACAGCAGCUUCAGGUGUCCCGGAAGCAAGACGCCCGUCAGACGGCCACCUUCAGACAGCAACCUCCACCUAUGAAGGCUUGCCUGUCCUGCCAUCAGCAGAUUCAUCGUAAUGCUCCCAUCUGCCCGCUGUGCAAGGCCAAGAGCCGCUCCCGCAACCCAAAGAAGCCCAAGAGGAAGCCAGACGAGUAGCUCCCACUCCAGCUCCGGCCUCACCAGCGACCGAAGGGAACAGGUCCAGUACGCCGACUGAAGAUCUGACAUGUUAAUCAAAAUAUAUGACUGAAAGAACAGAUCAGUGCUUCAGGACAAUGUCUACUUUAAAUUGUCUUAGUAACUUGGUCAUAUUUGGUUAAUAGAUGAUUAAUGAGCUGAUAAUGUUUUUUUUGUUUUUUUUAAUCAGUGAUGUGUUUGUUUAUAUGUAACCGUGUGACUUCCCUAGUAGAUUUAUUAGCCCCUCACACAAACAAUGUAACUACAUUAAUGGACCUCGGUAAAUUUCCAAAUAUGUCCGUCCAUGUUGCUGUUGCUUACUGCCUUAGCUAUUGUACUGUGCUUUCUAAGUUUUGCAAUGCAUGCGCAUUUCCAUGACUGUAUGUUGUGUAUUAUUUGUGCCAAACUGAAAUUGAAUAGGUUUAACUGCAAAGUUAAAUGAAACACAAUGUUGUUUUGAUGUUUACAGUGUUUAAGUGACCGCAAACUGGACAAAAGUGCCCAGAUACAUUUGCAUAGCGUUGUGUGUUUAACUUUAAUACCGUAAUAAGAAAAUAAAUGGCUGUUUUGUAUUAAACAUAA